UGUUAUGACUUCACAUCAGAUCAAAGGAAGUCUUGUCAAGGAUAGACCUUGAAUCAAGCAAACCAAAGGAUUCUCAGCUAUUAGUCUCAGCAUUUGCAACACGCUAUCGAGAGAUCACCAGAGACUGUUUGUUAACUGUCAAAAUCUUGCUUUCAAAUUCAGGAACCUGCGAUUUGAGGAAUUAUGAGGAGAACAGUGGAGUCUCGAGAUAAAUCCAACAACGCUGAGAUGGAAGAAUCACGUCGCCUCAAUGUGUCAGAGGAGUGGCUUCCAACAGGGUUUUAUGUACAAUCUGAAGCUAAGACACAUGCUGAACUGCAAGUUGUGGAAGAUCUGAAGAACCAACUGACGGAUGCAAGGACGCAACUCAAAAGGGAAAUUGAGGAAAAGGAGAUGCUGGAUUCCUUAACAAGGGCACUUCAGGGGAAUUUAGAAGACCUCACAAAGAAGAAUAACACUAAGACAGGAAAGCUGGAGACAGAGAAGUUGGGUUUGAGUGUGAAGGUUAAAGAUAUGACUGCUGAGAUUGCCAGACUUCAAUUUCUGGACAACGUAAUCCAAGCAGAGAAUGAUGAUCUGAAGGGACUAUGUCACCGCAAGGAAUUUGCAGCUCAGCAAGACAAACAUGAGUUGUUAGAGAAGAUAGCCGAACUUACACACCUGAACCAGACGAUGCAGAAGAAGAACAAAAACCUAUCGGCAGAAGUGCAGGAUCGGGAAAAAAGAGAUGACUAUCUGAACAGGCAGGAUAAGACCAUUCGUGAUGAACUGGCCCAGCAUGAAUCUCAGAUACUCCAAAAUCGGGCCGAGACAGAGGAUCUGCGGGAAAAACUUAAAGAAGUUCAGGAAAAGGAGACAAUCACAGCUGAUGAGAACCAGCGCCUGAUUGGGAAGGUGGCCCACCUUGAAGCUCUGAGACAAAAAGAGGCUGGACGUCAGGCAACAAUGCUUGACCUUCAUAAACUCAUCAGUGAUAAAGAUGAGGAAAUCCAGAAGCUGACUUGUGCUGGAGAAAAGCUGAGUCGAGCAAAGCAUGAUCUUCAGAAAAGUGUAGUCUCUCUGACUGAGCAGAACAAGAGCUCAACCAAUGAGCUGACUCGACUUGAGUCUCUGGCAGCAAAACUAAAUGAGGAGAAGAGAAACCUACAGAAAGCUGAACGGGAUCUUCGGAUCCAAGUGGAGGUGGAUAAUGAACAAAUCCACAAAAUGGACGAGCACAUAACGAACCAAACCAGGCAAAUCGCUUAUAAUCAGGAACAGUUAGUUGACUAUCACAUCCUAACAACCGAUCUGAGGCAAAAGGUCGCUGAUCUUACAGACCAGCUAGAGGCGAAGACAGAGGAGGAGAUACUAGCUAGCGUUGAGCAGCAGAGAGAUGAGAUCUCAUUUGAGACGACACCUGAGGAUUAUAGCGAUGACAUCUUCUUUGACGCUACACCUGAGGAUCAGAGUGAUGACAUCUUCUUUGAAGCUACAUCUGAGGAUCAGAUCGACGGCAUCUUCGUUGACGCUACACCUCAGGAUCAGAGCGAUGACAUCUUCCAUGAUGCUACAUCUGAGGAUCAGAGCGGUGAGAGCCUACUAGGGUCUCUAGCUUCUGUAUUUUGCAGCAGAAGUUUCUGGUGGCGCUCUGCUACUCUUCUAGUGAAUGUGGGUGUACUCAUCAUCGCUGUGAAAUUAGGCCUCCCUAACAUCCCACUGCCCUACUGCAACCACAUUGUACCUCCUCCCUUCUAAACUAUAAUCCCUACAAAUUACAACUCUACUUUAAAUCCUAACAACAGAUUAAUUUAUAAAUAUAUAUUAUGAAUGUGAUAAA